AUGGAUAUUCCGAAAUCCCCUUGUGCGGACAUUAAAGAUGAGGAACGACGAGUUGGCGAGCUAGUUAAUCUUCCGGCAUCCUACAGCGAUGAGGAGGAAAAGGCAGUGGUGCGGAAAAUUGACAUGAUCAUUCUACCGUUUCUCUGCUUCGUCUUUUUUCUACAGUACCUAGACAAACAGAGUCUCAGCUAUGCUGGUGUAUUCGGCUUGAUGGGGGACUUGAACCUGACGAGCUCGCAAUAUUCCUGGUGCAGCUCUAUAUUCUAUGUUGGCCAGCUUGUUUCUGAAUACCCCUUCAUUUACCUGAUGAGUCGACUCCCUUUAACCAAGUUUGUUGGAGUUACGGUUAUUGUUUGGGGUGGAAUGUGUAUGUGUCUUGCCGCACCGAAGACGUACAAUGGAUUUGCCGCCGUCAGGUUUCUUCUCGGCUUCAGCGAAGGCGCAGUCUCGCCAGCCUUUGUCACGAUCACAUCUAUCUGGUACCGGCAAAAAGAGCAUACGACCCGCACUGCGCUCUGGAUCUCCAUGAAUGGCCUGGCCCAAGUCAUCGGCUGCCUGUUAAUGUACGGCAUCGGCAAAAACACAGCCCUAUCCAUUGCACCCUGGCGCGUUUUGUUCUUAAUAUGCGGGGCCAUGACCUCGGCUGCAGGAGUAUGCUUCUUGGUGCUCAUGCCCAGCGGACCCAAAGACGCAUGGUUCCUUAACGCCCGUGAAAAGGAAGUUUUACGGCAGCGCAUGGCGCAAGACCACGAAGGCGGCGAUAAGACGUCUUUCUCGAUCCCACAACUCAAAGAGGCACUCACGGACCCCAAGGCAUGGUUGGUCUUCUGGUUCGGAGUGCUGGUCACGAUGCAGUCCCCCGUACUGACCUUUGCGUCGCUCGUCAUCGAGUCCCUUGGCUACAGCAAGCUGGACACUAUGUUGUACACGGCGCCCUCUGGUGCCGUUCAAAUGGCCUUACUAUGGAUCGGAGUCGCGCUUGCCGCUAUUCUCCCUCGUCAGCGGACACUAGUUGCGCUGAUGCUCAUUAUCCCACCUCUUGUCGGCACUGUCUUUCUGUUUAAGCUCGACUUGAGCGCUGAGUGGGGUAUGAUUGCUAUGUCUUGGUUGGCCUCAUGCAUAACAGCCUCCAUGUCCAUUCUUCUCUCCCUCUCUGCUUCCAAUGUCAAGGGAAACACAAAACGCGCCAUCGUCAACACAAUGUUCUUCAUUGGGUAUUGCGCCGGAUGUAUUGGAUCUCCGCAGUUGUGGACGAAUAGACCUCGCUACACUGAAGGUGUCAUCACGUCUAUUGUUACGUGGUGUCUCUUAUUCGUUGCGGUGAUUGUCUACCGAUUGUUGUGUAUGCAGGAUAACAAACAACGCGAGGCAAAGGCCGGUGCCAGUGUUGACAUGAGCGGAGAUAUGUUGGAGGAGAACGGGCUACACGGAGCCGAUAUGACGGAUAAGAACGACCCGUCUUUCCGAUAUGCUUUGUAG